AUUUGUUCGGCUGUUCAUUCCGACUUUGUCACUAGACAAGUUCGGUUGCGAAAAGUUUUCUCUUUUUAACUUCGUUAUAUCGGUGGUGACUCAUCAGUGAAUCAGAGAAAAGAAUUGCAGCAAAAGCCAAGCCCAGAUAAAAAAAAACGACCAAGCCACGCCAAUUCGUCAGCUCCGCCGCCCAUUUCAAAUCUACGACGCUCUUCUCGACGUAAUCGCAAUCUACGAAACCCGACGACGUAAAUCAUCGCAUCGUCGUCUCGUCCUCGUCGUCCUCGGAACUUCUACGUCGUCAAGGCACGCACACUCAGAGAAUCGUCGAAUUGCGCAAAAGUGUUUGAACUGAAAAAUGAGCGAUCAGAAGGGCACUAGAGUCUACGUGGGCAACCUCACCGAUAAAGUGAAGAAGGAAGAUCUCGAGGGAGAAUUCACCAAAUACGGUAAAUUGAACUCUGUUUGGGUAGCUUUCAAUCCACCAGGUUUCGCAUUCAUUGAGUUCGAAAACAAAGAGGAAGCCGAAUCGGCAUGUGACAAUCUGAACGGUCAAGACAUCCUCGGCUCGAAACUGCGUGUCGAGAUAUCGAAGGGCCGCCGCAACUCGCGGGGCGGUUCACGUGGAUUCCGUGGUCCACCCGGGGGUCGAUCCGGUAGUGGCGGUGGCUUCCGCUCAAGCUCUCGAGGCGGUUUCCGUGAUGGCGGUGGCUAUCGCAACGGUGGCAGCGGUGGAUUCCGUGGCGGAAGCCGCAGCGGUGGAAGCCGUUUCGACAGCUACGGAGGCAGCCGCUCAUCAGGUGGAUCCGGUGGCUACAGUCGCGAUUCAGGUCGCGACAGCUACGGUGGCGGUUUCGGCGGCGGCGGCUAUGGUGGCGGUCGAAGCAGCGGCGGUGGCGGCGGCGGUCGAUUCCGAUCAAGGUCACCAGUUGGCGGUCGCGGUAGAUACUAAGGGUGUAGCAUUUAAGCCGAUCCAAUUGCUGGUAUAUUUGUUCUGUAAGACUUUAUUAUUUUCUCCUCUUUUUGGUUUUUUUCGGCACACUAACAAAGCCACACACGGCAUAAUCAGUUGAAAUGUUUAGGAAACUGAUAAAAUGACUAGCGAAAGAUGCUCCUUCAAUGCAGGCGUAUCAAUCCAAAACGUUUGUUUUGAAUUCGAAACAACGUUUCGGCUGCUAGUGUUUGAAGGUGUGGCACUGAGAAUGGAUGCAGUUUGCUCGCGUGAUUAUUUUAAUUUAUUUACCGACAAUGACUUCCAUAUAUCCCCCCAGAGUUCGUUUUGGCAUUUCUACGCCUCUCGCAGAACCAGCAUAUAUGAUAAAAUCAGUAUAAAGCAAUGGUAUCUGGACCAUUAACAAAACUACGAACGCGAGAGUUUCGAAUCAAACCAAAAAAGUUUUUAUACUAUUUUAUAUGUGUUUUAAUAUAUAAAAUGGCGGAGAUAUGGAUGUGAAUCGAAUUGUAUAAAUUGAAAACAAAAGUCAUUAGUUUAUUUGUUGAAUGGAUAAAACAAUGGAUAACAUGUACACUCACCGAUAAACAGAAGAAAAGAAACCAACAUCGCCAAAAUUAAAACCCUGAUUGAAAUAUUCAGCCCCCAAUCGCUAUGAAUACGUGGUGCAAUAUCUUGAAGAUAGGGUAAGAGAUUAUCACUAAAACGCGAAUAACUGUAUCUGAAAAUUCCCUGGAUUACAGUCCGAUUGUUUCAGUUCAACUUAUAAUGAUCUUUCCUGACAGAUAAAGUAGACAUUUUGGUUUAGUUGUAAGAGAAACUGAAAUGAAUAAAAUAAAAAAACAAACGAAAA